AUGAUCAGCCAGCAGGCAAUGAAGUCACUCAAGGAAUGGACACCUGUCAGUAAGAGAAUCAUGACAGCACGAUUCUAUUCAAGAUGCAGGAGAGUGUCAGUGAUCCAAGCAUAUGCGCCAAAUAAUGAAGAGGAGGAGAAAGACAAAUUCUAUCAGGAGUUACAAGAGACCCUGGAUGGAUGUAAUAAGAACGAAAUCAUUAUUAUCAUGGGGGAUCUCAACGCCAAGGUAGGGGGGCGGAGUGAAAUAAUGGAUAUGAAAGAACUAUGGGUAUCCAUGGACUGGGAACACAGAAUGAAAAUGGAGAAAGACUGUGAAUUUAGUCAGACCAACGGACUAGUAAUCACAGGAACACUAUUUCCCCACAAAGAUAUACACAAAGCAACAUGGGUGUCUGCUACUGGAACAGCGAGAAACCCGAUUGACCAUCUUCUCAUCAGUGGACAGUGGAGAUCUUCUGUUCUUGACACCAAGGUGCAGAGGGGAGCGAAUGCCAACAACAACCACUACCUGGUGAAGACUCGAAUCAGGCUACGGCUCAGCACACACAAGAAUAAGAACAAGUUAAAGCCAAGAUUGGAUGUAGAAGUAAGAACGCCUCAAAAACAACGAAGUAAAAGCAAAGUUCAAUUUCCGUGGGAGAAAGGGGUUAGAAGAGCACAUGGAAAAGACGGAAGAUAUCGAGAAAAUCUGGGAACAGCAGAAGAUGGCAUAUGUGAAUGCAGCAGAGGAAGUACUUGGCUACAGGAAAGGCAAAAGUAA